CUUUCCACUGCCUCAAAGUUUAUUUGCAACAAAAGGGGGCAGAGAGCGAGCAGUCUAGGGGGAGGGAGAGGGAGCUGGAGCGGGAGCUUGGGGAGGUGGGGGGAGAGGCAGGCCCGCCGCCGGGCUUUGCAGGCGGACUUUGUGAGCAGGAAGCAAGCCUUGGCCCCUCGCCGGCCGGGCCGCGAUGCCCCUGUCUGCUCCCGCAGAGGCAAGGGCUGGGCCUGGGGUCGCCGCUGGGGCGAGAGGGGCCGCCCAGGAUGAAGCCGCUGCUGUCCGCAGCCGCAGAAACUUGAUCCUCGACUGAUAAACCUCUGCUUAGUUCUCCGCACCCUCCUAUCCAGCCGCCGCACGCCGCGGGUGCAGGAUCCAGGCUCUCGGACCGCGGCCCCUGCGCGCCCUCGGAGCUGGGCUGCAGGGGGGGGGGUGGCCGCGGGGCCCAGAGGCCAGCCCCCCCGGAGUGACUGCCACCACCAUGGCGGACGGGUCACCUCGGCCCCCACUUUAUCGCAGCGUCUCGUUCAAACUGCUGGAGCGCUGGAGCGGCGGACCGGGGCCGAGGGAAGAAGAGGACGCAGACACCCCUGGGUUACGGCGCCGAGCUUCGUGCCGGCCAGCUGCAGCAGUCCCGGGCCAGCCCUCCCGGCGCGUGUCCAAGCUGGCGUCGGGGCCCCCGGCCGCCCCCGCGCAGCCGCGCCCGCUCCGCAGCCUCUCGCCAUCGGUGCGCCAGCUGUCCCGGCGCUUCGACGCGGUGCGUUUGGACGACGAUUCCGCUGGUGCUCGGGACGAGAGUUGCUACCCCGGCACGACAGAAGAAGCCGCUGAAAGCACUGACCGUGGGGCCUGGCCCAGCGUCACCGAGAUGCGCAAACUCUUUGGCGGUCCGAACUCCAGGCGACCCAGUGUGGACUCUGAGGCCCUGGGGACGAUCAGCCCCGACGGAGCUUCGUGGGAACCCCCAGUUCGCGAGCCCCGGCAGCCUCCGACGCCACCUCCUCGUACGUGCUUCCCUCUGGCUGGCCUGCAUUCGGCGAUGCCGCUGUCCGGGCCGGGGAUCGAGGGGUGGCGACGUCGGCAGCAGCAGCAACAGGAGCGAGCGCAGCGUCCGGCGGAUGGUUUACAUUCUUGGCAUAGCUUCUCCCAACCGCAGGCCGGGGCCCGGACCUCCUCCUCCUCCUCCAUUACCUCCUCCUAUCCUGUCAGCCGCAGCCGGGGUGCUAGUUCCAGCGAGGAGGAAGAGGAGGGACCGCAGCCUCAACUUGGGCCUCAGAGUCCAGCUUACCUCGGCGGCCACUCUUCGGGCAGUGACGAAGACGCAGACGGUGAGGAUGGCCGUCGCUGGAGAGGGAGAGGGUUCAGGCCUGGAAGCUCUCUGUUGGUUCAUGGCUGUAGCCAGGACAGUGGCGAGCUAAAUUCGGGCGCUUUGGGAUCAGCAGGGGGUGUCAAGAGCCUCGAACCUCCGAGGUCUCCAAGAACCUCUAUGGAAGAGGCACUCCGGGAGUGGGGUACUGGCACGCAGCACUACGUCCCAGGUCCCCAAGAGAGCUUAAGGCCUAUGUCUGACACUGGGGGAGCACCUUUCCGUGUGGCUAAGGUGAGCUUUCCUACGUACCUGGCCAGCCCGGGUGGCUCCCGAGGUAGUAGUCGUUACUCCAGUACUGAGACACUCAAGGAUGAUGAGCUAUGGUCUAGCCGCAGUUCUGUGAGCUGGGGAGUGUACCGCUCCCCAAGUUUUGGAACCGGAGAAGGGCUCUUUCUGCGUCCCCAGACUAGGUCCCGCACUAAGGGACCUGUAGGCACCACCAGGCCACCGAGAGAUGGAGGAUUGGAGCUAGAUAAGAACCGACAGCGCAAGUCACUAUCGAAUCCAGAUAUCGCCUCCGAGACCCUGACGCUGCUGAGUUUUCUGCGUUCAGACCUUUCAGAGCUAAGGGUUCGAAAGCCCAGUGGCAGCCCUGGGAAUAACCCCCUAGACAGCAGAGACUCACCGUCAGUGGGUAGGCCGGUGGAGCAACUUGAGUCCUUGCCGUCCCAAAGUCCAGCAUCCCCCACCACUCGACCCACCCUCAAGGACCUGACAGCUACCCUGCGCAGGGCAAAGUCAUUCAGCUGCUCAGAGAAGCCCAUGGCCGGAAGACUGCUCCGCACCGGUACCUUGAAGCCCAGCUCCUCAGAGCUCCUACUGGCAGGCUCUGGGGCAGAGGAGGACCCACUGACACUCGUGGUCCAGGAUCAGUAUGUGCAGGAGGCCCGUCAGGUUUUUGAGAAGAUACAGCGCAUGGGUGCACAGCAGGAUGAUGGGAGCUAUGUCAGUCCUAGAAGCCCUGACUGGACCGGUGACAUGACCCAAGGGCAGCGGUCUCAGGAGGAGCUCUCUGGCCCUGAGUCCAGCCUGACAGAUGAGGGCAUUGGGGCAGACCCGGAGCCUCUUCGUGCUGCCUUUUGCAACCUAGAUCCUGCGGGGGUAUGGCGACCUCUUUCCUCAACCUCAACUCAGACAAACCGUGGAGCUGGGACAGAAGACAGUCUGGAUAGGAGGGCUCUUGUGUCUCCUGAGACCCCUCCAACACCAGGUGCCCUCCGCAGGAGACGAAAAAUCCUACCCUCGGGUCCUAGCGGAACUGAACUAAGCAACGGGGAGGCAAGCGAGGCCUACAGAUCAUUGAGUGACCCUAUUCCACAGCGGCACCGGACCGCUGCCUCGGAGGAGCCCUCUGGGUUCUCUGUGGACAGCAACCUUCUGGGCUCGCUGAGCUCUAAGACAGGGCUUCCAGCAGCCCCAACUGUAGAUGAGGGCCUGACCAGUGGCCUCAGCGACUGGUCUGUGGUUAGUGAAGAGAACAAAGACUAUCAGGAAGUCAUUCAGAGUAUUGUUCAGGAGCCUGGUGCCUUGGGGCGUAUGGGAGAAGACAGGAUUGCUGGCAAGACCCCUAAGAAGAAAUCUCUGAGUGACCCUAGUCGCCGUGGGGAGUUGACUGGCCCUGAAUUUGAGGGCCCAGGAGGGGAGCCCAUUCGAGAAGUGGAAGCCAUGCUGCCUCCAUCCAACAGUGAACCUAUCCUUGCAGAGCAUUGGGUGGAGCCAGAAGACCCUGGCCCUGCCAGGGGCAGGGCACAGUCGGAGAGGGCCCUCCCUGCCCCACCUGCCUCCUCCACUGCCCACCAUGACUUGGUCCGUCUUGACCCCAAACUGGCCAAUGUUCUCUCCCCUCGGCUCACCCGCCGAGGUUCCAAGAAGCGCCCAGUCCGGAGCAGUCACCAGGAGCUCCGGAGAGCUGAGGACAACCAGGACCAAAAUGGUAGCCUGACACAGGCCCGGUCUUCCUCCAAACAUGUUCGCCAUGCCAGUGUGCCCGCUACCUUCACACCUAUUGUGGUGCCUGAGCCUGCGACUUCUGUGGGACCCCUUGUGGCUGUGCCAGAGCCUGUGGGCUUCCCUGCUAGAGCUCUUCCCGCAUUGCAGGCGCCAUCACUUGAAGAUGCCACUAAGAAGUACAUGCUGACCCUUCACUCCGGUGACGUUUCUGCCCCGGAUCCUGUGGACUUACCCUUGCCUCCCUCUGCACCGCCCUCUGCUGAGACCAAGCCCCCUGGUGCUGCCAGGGCUCCAGAUGAGCCUGUCCCAGCCAACAAGUGCUGCAGCAAGCCACAGGUGGAUAUGCGGAAGCACGUCACCAUGACCCUGCUGGACACGGAGCAGUCGUAUGUGGAGUCACUGCGCACCCUGAUGCAGGGCUACAUGCAGCCUCUGAAGCAGCCGGAAAACUCCUUGCUGUGUGACCCAUCUCUGGUGGAUGAGAUCUUCGACCAGAUCCCCGAGCUUCUGGAACACCACGAGCAGUUCCUGGAGCAGGUGCGGCACUGUGUGCAGACAUGGCAUGCCCAGCAGAAGGUGGGGGCCCUGCUCGUCCAGUCGUUCUCCAAGGACGUCUUGGUGAACAUUUAUUCUGCCUACAUUGAUAACUUCCUCAAUGCGAAGGACGCCGUACGCAUAGCUAAGGAGGCGAGGCCAGCCUUUCUCAAGUUCUUGGAGCAAAGCAUGCGUGAGAACAAGGAGAAGCAGGCUCUGUCCGACCUCAUGAUCAAGCCUGUGCAGAGGAUCCCACGAUACGAGCUUCUGGUGAAGGACCUUCUGAAGCACACACCCAAAGACCAUCCAGACCAUCCACUCCUACUAGAUGCGCAGCGGAACAUCAAGCAGGUGGCUGAACGCAUCAACAAGGGCGUGAGGAGUGCUGAGGAGGCGGAGCGGCAUGCCCGUGUGCUGCAGGAGAUUGAAGCCCACAUCGAGGGCAUGGAGGAUCUCCAAGCCCCCCUGCGGCGGUUCCUGAGGCAGGAGAUGGUUAUUGAAGUGAAGGCAAUUGGCGGCAAGAAGGACCGAUCCCUCUUCCUGUUCAACGACCUCAUUAUCUGUACCACCCUGAAACGGAAGUCAGGCUCCCUACGGCGCAGCUCCAUGAGCCUGUACACAGCAGCCAGCGUCAUUGAUACGGCCAGCAAAUACAAGAUGCUGUGGAAGCUGCCACUGGAGGACACAGACAUCAUCAAAGGGGCGUCUCAAGCCACCAAUCGGGAGAAUAUCCAGAAGGCCAUCAGCCGCCUGGAUGAAGACCUCGCUACCCUGAGCCAAAUGAGCAAGCUCUCUGAGAGCCUCGGCUUCCCCCAUCAGAGUCUGGAUGACGCGCUGAGGGACAUCUCUGCCGCCGUGCACAAGGACCUGUCGGAAAAGCAGGCAUUGUGCUACUCGCUCUCCUUCCCACCCACCAAGCUGGAGCUGUGUGCCACCCGGCCCGAGGGCACCGACUCCUUCAUCUUUGAGUUUCCUCACCCCGACGCCCGCCUGGGCUUUGAGCAGGCCUUCGAUGAGGCCAAACGGAAGCUGGCAUCCAGUAAAGGCUGUCUAGACCCUGAGUUCCUGAAGGCCAUCCCCAUCAUGAAAACGCGCAGUGGCAUGCAGUUUUCAUGUGCUGCCCCCACCCUCAGCAGCUGCCCAGAGCCAGCACCAGAGGUGUGGGUAUGCAACAGUGACGGCUACGUGGGUCAGGUGUGCCUGCUAAGCUUGAGAGCAGAACCAGACGUGGAGGCCUGCAUUGCCGUUUGCUCUGCCCGCAUUCUCUGUAUCGGAGCGGUGCCAGGUCUGCAGCAGCGCCCGCGGGAGCAGCCAGAGCCCUUGAGGAGUCCGCCAGAGUCCACCCUGGAGCCCGCUGGGCCCGAGCUAGAUGUGGAGGCCACAGCUGAUGAGGAACCACCAACGCUGGCAGAGCCAGGGCCUCAGCCUUGCCUGCACAUUUCCAUCUCAGGAUCUGGGCUGGAGAUGGAUCCAGGCCCUGCCAAGGGUGACCCCCAAGCUGAACUGGUGCCCUUUGACAGCGACUCUGAUGAUGAAUCUUCACCUAGCCCCUCUGGGACGUUGCAGAGCCAAGCCAGCCAAUCCACCAUUGCGUCCAGCUUCGGCAAUGAGGAGACCCCAAGCUCCAAGGAAGCCACUGCAGAGACAACCAGCUCUGAGGAAGAGCAGGAGCCUGGCUUCCUGUCACUCUCUGGCUCCUUUGGGCCAGGCGGUCCCUGUGGCGCCAGCCCAAUGGAUGGACGAGCCCUUCGCCGCUCCAGCCGUGGUUCCUUCACAAGGGGCAGCCUUGAGGACUUGUUGAGUGCAGACCCUGAGGCCUACCAGAGUUCCGUGUGGCUGGGCACUGAGGAUGGAUGUGUCCACGUCUACCAGUCCUCUGAGAGCAUCCGAGACCGCAGGAACAGCAUGAAGCUCCAACACGCAGCCUCUGUGACCUGCAUCCUGUAUCUGAAUAACCAGGUGUUUGUGUCUUUGGCCAAUGGCGAACUUGUGGUUUACCAAAGGGAAGCAGGGCGUUUCUGGGACCCCCAGAACUUCAAAUCAAUGACUCUGGGUGCUCCAGGGAGCCCCAUCACCAAGAUGGUGUCUGUGGGUGGACGGCUGUGGUGUGGCUGCCAGAAUCGGGUCCUCGUCCUGAGCCCGGACACGCUGCAGCUGGAGCACACAUUCUACAUGGGGCAGGAUUCCAGCCGAAGUGUGGCCUGCAUGGUCGAUUCCAGCCUGGGUGUGUGGGUGACCUUGAAGGGUAGUGCCCACGUUUGUCUGUACCACCCCGAUACCUUCGAGCAGCUGGCGGAGGUAGACGUCACCCCUCCUGUGCACAGGAUGCUGGCAGGCUCCGAUGCCAUCAUCAGACAGCACAAGGCAGCCUGCCUGAGGAUCACAGCGCUGCUGGUGUGUGAGGAGCUCCUGUGGGUGGGCACCAGUGCCGGGGUUGUGCUGACCAUGCCCACAACCCCAAGUACCAUCAGCUGCCCGCGAGCACCCCUCAGCCCGACGGGCCUAGGCCAAGGGCACACUGGCCAUGUCCGCUUCUUGGCAGCAGUCCAACUCCCUGAUGGCUUCAACCUUCUGUGUCCAACCCCGCCACCUCCCCCAGAUACAGGCCCUGAGAAGCUGCCAUCCCUGGAUCACCGGGACUCCCCUCGACACCGAGGCCCCACCUCAGCUAGGCCUAAAAUGCUGGUUAUCAGCGGUGGAGACGGUUAUGAGGACUUCAGACUCAGCGGCGGGGGUGGCGCCAGUAGGGAGACUGUGGGCCGAGACGACAGCACAAACCACCUCCUCCUAUGGAGGGUGUGAGCGUGCCCGCUGCGGCCCAGCACUGUCCGCCUGCCCGCAGCCUCCUGUUUUCCCAGGCCAUAUGCAGCCCUUGAGCAGUGUCCAAGCAGGGCACACCGUGCGGCGCUCUCUCACCCUUGUGGAAACAUUUCCUGGUAGAAUACUACCAGACGGGCCGAGGCCUCUCCUACUCGCUGACCGCUGGAACCAGGGUGGAGAUGUGGGGGCUCCCCAGGACCUUUGUGCCUGGAGCUUCUACCAAAGACAUAAUGGGCCUGGACCCCACUGGGCUGGGAAGGCCAUGUGCAAUAUGUGGAGGAUUUCUGGGGCCGUGGGAAAGCUAAGGGACAGCAUCCUUUCCUGUGUACAGUAUUUAUGUUACUUUUAAGAUGAAUACUUUCCAAAGCACUUAUUUAUGCAGUAACCUGGGGCCGGACGUGAUGUGAGGAAGCGACAGAAUGAUAAAAGUCUGUUCUUGUGUGAGAGACCACCCUGGAACCCUAAGCAAGCUUUCCUGGAAGGACCAAGCCCAUCACACACACACAUACACACACACACACCACACACUCACUCUGCAUGUUCAGGGCACUAAGACAUGUCCGUUAAGAUAAACUCCAGCCCUCCCUGACAGGGCUGCCCAUCCUAACGCAGAAGCAAAGUUUGCUCAAGUGCCCUCAGACAGACAAGAUGACCAGGGGCGGUAACUCUCACUAGGCAGCUUCCCAGCUUUAGCACUUCCAAGGUGUUGGUGGUGCCUAAGGUUCCUUAACUUGGGAAUAUUAGUGGAUCUGGGACAGGGCUUUCUCAGGUAAGAGAAAGGGCCUUCCCUCCUCAUGACUGGCCCUAGCCCAGCUCCUGCCUCCCCAUGUCUUACGCAUUGUCACAGUGGUCACCUUGGGAGCGGACCCAUGGGUCCCCUUUCUCUGACCACUGAAUUCUAAAUGCCCCAUCCUGCCAGGACCAGCCCCUUUAGGACGAACCCCCCUGCCAAUGUUGAGGGACUAGACACAGCCUUUUUAACUGGGAAAGUUCCUCUUUGGGGCAGUCUCUCCCUCACCUCCAGGCUGCAGGGAGCCAUCCUGCCCCUCAGCCCCUUGCUUCAGCUACAACUCCAAAGGUCUGUUUUCAGAUAGGGUUGGUUUGUUCUGUUCGGUUUUGUUUUUCUUUGGGGUGGGUGGGUCAUUGCGGUCUUAGAGUAUGUUUCUCUUGCUACCAAACAGCCAUGUAUUAACUCUCCUCAGAUGAUGAAAUUUAAAGUCAAUAAAUAGAAACACCAAAUGAUGGGUCCCCCUUGGCCUUGGGCCAUAAGGGCCUACUGCCAGCCCCCUCCGGGCUCUGUCUCCCCAAGGCUUCCUGAUUCUGACUCACUUAGACUGAAGGAGCAGAUGAAAAGUACUGGGGUAAUAGGGUUAACACUGGCCUGCUGUGUUUUCAUGAGCAGGUAACUGCGCCUGUCUGGGCCUUAGUUUCAGAAGAGGAAAGCAUUUUGAAUGUUAGAAUUACCUACAGAUCGUACACCUCAAUAGUGUAUCAAUCAAGAGCUUCGAAGUCAGCCUAGAGCUAGGCUUGGGAAUCGGAAGCAGUCAAGGAGCCAGGGCAGUACAGGUCCUGUCUAAGGUCCUGUGAAGCAGAACUAGAACCCAGGUCUGUCUGAUUCUGGUCCAGAGAGGUGUGCCGUUAAACCAGACUGCAAAGAAUGCAAGCGCCCAGCAGCAUGGGACAAGGAGCCCCUCACACCGUGGUGGCUAUGCCUCAUCUCCGCUUUGUUAAUCCAAAUGACUUCCUUCAAAAAACUUAGUUUCUGGGACGAGAACAAUAAUAGUUUAGUGGUUAAGAGCAACGACUGUACUUCCAGAGGACCAAGGUUCAGUCCCCAGCACCCACAUGGCCACUCACAAACAUCUCUACUGCAGUCCCAUGGGAUCAGAUGCCUUCUGAUCUCCAGGGCCACUGCAUGCAUGCACAUGGCCACAGACCUACAUGCGGGCAAGACAUUCAUACACACAGCAUAAUAAAUUU